AUGGCAGAUUCCAACACAACUGAGUUCACAAACCCCUCCACCUUCAUCCUGCUGGGCAUUCCUGGCCUGGAGAGGGCACAUGUCUGGAUCUCCAUCCCCUUCUGCACCAUGUACGCCAUAGCCAUCUUGGGGAACUUCACCAUCCUGUUCAUUGUGAAAAGGGAGCCAAGCCUCCAUGAGCCCAUGUACUAUUUCCUCUGCAUGCUGGCUGUCACUGACCUGGUCCUGUGCACGUCCAUCCUACCCAAAAUGCUGGCAGUCUUCUGGUUCAGUUCCAGAGAGAUCGAUUUCAGUGCCUGCCUCACCCAACUGUACUUCAUUAACUGCUUUGCAGCAAUGGAAUCAGGGAUCUUCGUGGCCAUGGCUUUUGAUCGCUAUGUGGCCAUCUGCCACCCCCUGAGACAUUCCACCAUCCUGACAAACUGCGUGGUGGCAAAGAUUGGCUUGGUCGUGGUGCUGCGUGGCUGCUUACUCGUACUGCCAUAUCCUUUGCUGGCAAGUCGGUGGCCAUAUUGCAAGACCAACAUCAUCCCCCACACGUACUGCAAGCACAUAUCUGUGGUGAAUCUGGCCUGCGCCGACUUCCGUGCCAGUAGUUACUACAGCCUCUCUGUGACAUUCUUUGUGCCCAGUAUGGAUGUGUUUUUUAUUGCGGUGUCCUAUAUCCAGAUCCUCAGGGCCAUCUUCAGUCUUCCCACAAAGGACGCCCGGCUCAAGACAUUUGGGACCUGCGGCUCCCACCUCUGUGCUAUUUUAGUCUUUUACAUUCCAGAUCUCUUCUCCUCCCUCAUGCAUCGGAUUGGUAACACUAUGCCCCUGUAUUUGCUCAUUCUCAUGGCCAACAUGUACCUUCUGGUGCCCCCCAUGCUACACCCCAUCAUCUACGGGGUGAGGACCAAACACAUCCGGGACAGGCUGCUCUCGCUAUUUACUCCUAGAAGGACCUAA